ACAAUCCACAUUAUAACGGCAGUUCAUCACAUGCUGCGCGUCUUGCUGCCGUAGGAGAGACAUACGUACAUAGCUAAUAUAUAAGUCGUGUAGACACGUACAAACACACACUCGUUGCACAUAUACUCCUCGAGUAGUCCUCCUUAUGGCGCCGGCCUCUGCACCUGCGCAAUUACCAGCUGCGGCGGUGGCGCUGAUGGCGAUGGCGCUGCUGCUGCUGCUCUCGGCACCAGCAGCUGCCGCGCCGCCACCGGCACGGGCACCGAUCGGGCUGCCCGGCUGCAACACCACCUGCGGCAACGUGAGCGUGCCGUACCCGUUCGGCUUCGGGCCAUCCCGCUGCUACUGGCCGGGGCUCAACCUCACCUGCAACACCAGCGACAGCCACCACCCCCCGCGGCUGCUCCUCGGCGACGGCAGCCUCAGGGUGACCGAGAUAUUCAUCAGCAACAACACGGUUCGCGUGGUCAGCAGCACUGGCUCCGUCACCAGCGACGACUUCACCACGCCGAGCUGGAACGCCUCGUUCGGCACCGCCUUCACGGAGCACGGCUACCUGCUGUCGUCGAGGAACGAGCUCGUCGUCUCCGGAUGCAACGUCACGGCGAUGCUUUCUGCGGACAUCGCCGACGAUGGGGAAGAAACCACCAAGAUCGUCAGCGCCUGUGCCUCCUUCUGCGCCAGCAACAGCGGCGGCGCCCACGAGAUGGCCGGCUCCAUGACAGACAAGUACUGCACCGGCACAUCGGGCUGCUGCCUGGCGCCGCUCCCUUCUAGCGGCGUGCCCAAAGGAGUAGAGGCCUGCAGGUGGCUCUAUAACAACCACAGCAGGGAGCAGGCUGCUGUGUUCGUCGCGGAGCAGGGGUGGGUCGACAUGGAAAAGAGGGCGGACGGGGUCGGGGAGGUUCCCCUUCUGCUCGACUUCGGGGUCAAGCAGCAUUUGCCAAAAGUGUAUCCAAACAGCAGCAAUGAGUGCACAGAAAAUGUACAACGCAUGGUCUGCAAGAGUGAACACAGUACUUGCAAUGCUGGGGACCAAGGCUACACGUGCGACUGCGAGUCUGGUUACAACGGGAACCCUUACAUCGCCGGCGGAUGCCAAGAUAUCGACGAGUGCAAAUUCCCCAGUACAGAGAAAGUGUGCUUCGGGGUAUGCAUCAACACGAUCGGGUCAUACGAUUGUCAAUGCCCGCAGGGAACUUACGGCAACCCCGAAGUUGAAGGUGGUUGUGUCUAUUAUGACUUCGACGACACAGCAGAUGCGGUGUCGUCGUCGUCCAACUGCAUCACUAGGUGCGGCGACGUGAGCGUGCCGUACCCCUUCGGUUUUGGGCACCCCGACUGCUACUGGCCUGGGCUCAACCUCACCUGUGACAGAAGCCACAGUCCCCCUCGGCUGCUUCUCGACGGCAAUGGCACCCUCCAGGUCGUCCACUUCUCCUUGCUCGACUCCACUGUGCGCGUCGUCCAUCAUCACGGCAGCGCCGCCAACUUCGAUAACACCACGCUGGUUUACGAUGGUCACAACCUCAUCAUCUUGAAAGAUGGCAGCCCCGUCGGCCUGAUAGCUGACGUUCGCCUCCCAGACAUCGGCGACCCCUAUGUGUUGUCCACCAGGAACGAGCUCAUCGUCCUCUCCGGGUGGGACGUGCGUGCUACCCUCCACGGGGAUUACAAAAAUGGCAGCAGCAGCAGUAACAACACCGACAUUAUCAUCAGCCGAGCUGCCUGCAUAUCUGGCGGAACACAACAAACUCAACGUGGAUUCUGCUCUGGCCACGAUGGCUGCUGCCAUGCGCCCAUCUCUGCAGGCAGCACGCCCAAGAAUGUGAAAUUUGAAGUGCUCAAUGAGAACACCACCAGUCGUCAUAUUGGUGAUUAUGAUUGGCCGUUGAACUACGCAUUGGUGUUCAUCUCAAAUGUGGGGACAGAUGAGUGGCACAAGAUCUUCAACAUGUCUGGAUCCACCAGUCACAUGUCAUAUCCCAUUCUUCUUCAAUGGGCCGUUAAGCAAGACUUGCCAGUGCCUGCUGAUGACAACUCAGGCAAGUGCCCAGCGGACGUGGUCCGCCGCCUUUGCAAGAGUGAGCACAGCGACUGCCGGCAAGAGAAUGGAGGCUAUACGUGCCACUGCUCUAAGGGAUACGACGGCAACCCUUAUGUCGCCGAUGGAUGCAAAGAUAUUGACGAGUGUAACAACCUAGCGCUACGCAAAACAUGCUUCGACUUGGGCGGCUCCUGCUUCAAUUACCCUGGAGGCUACGAGUGCCAGUGCCCUACCGGAAUGCACGGCAACGUUUAUCAGCCCGGCGGUUGCAUCAUCGUCAAGAAGUCCGCAACACGCUUAAUUAUUGGUUUGUCAGCUGCUAGUGGCCCAGCACUUCUAUUGGUUCUGGGUAUAUGGUUCCUACUACGCAAGCUUAAACAACGCAGGAUAAAAUUACUUAAACAGAAGUACUUCAAGCAAAACCGUGGGCAGCUGUUGCAACAGCUAUUGUCCCAAAAGGCAGACAUUGCAGAAAGGAUGAUAAUACCAUUGGAUGAGCUUGCAAAGGCCACAAACAACUUUGACAAAGCUCGUGUGAUUGGUGGUGGAGGGCAUGGUAUUGUUUACAAAGGAAUCCUAUCAGAUCUACAUGUGGUGGCCAUCAAAAAGUCAAAGAUUACCCUCCAGAAAGAAAUAGAUGAGUUUAUAAACGAGGUGGCAAUUCUCUCACAGAUCAACCAUAAGAAUGUGGUAAAACUCUUGGGAUGCUGCCUAGAGACUGAGGUGCCAUUGUUGGUGUAUGAGUUUAUUCCCAAUGGGACCCUUGAUCAGCAUCUUCAUAUUGAAGAUCCAAAAAGGUCACUCUCAUGGAGCAGCAGGUUGAGGAUCGCAACUGAAAUAGCUACUUCUCUUGCCUAUCUUCACUCCUCAGUUUCAAUCCCAAUAAUCCAUAGAGACAUCAAAUCUAGUAACAUACUUCUUGAUGAUACAAUGACAUCAAAGAUAUCAGACUUUGGAGCUUCAAGAUACAUUCCAAUAAACAAAACAGAAUUGACAACAAGAAUACAGGGAACGUUCGGAUACUUGGAUCUAGAGUGCUUUCAAACUGGUCGGCUUACUGAGAAAAGUGAUGUUUAUAGCUUUGGUGUAAUUCUCGUGGAGCUGCUCACCCGGAAGAAACCAACUUGUUCCCAUUUGUCAAAUGAAUAUGGUGGCCUUGUUCCACAUUUUCUCAAUCUACUUGCCUCUAGAAACCUUACCCACAUAAUAGAUCCACAAGUUCUAGAGGAAGGAGGCACAGAAGUGCAAGAAGUUGCUAUGCUUGCAGCAUCCUGUAUAAAAUUAAGAGGUGAAGAAAGGCCAACAAUGCGACAGGUUGAGGUUACAUUGGAAGGACUUCAACAGCGUUCCAACAAAAUGUACAAGAAAGAUGAUAUGGUCACUAAGGAAUUUGAGAAUGUUGGCAUUGGAGCAAACUAUUCAUCAUGGACUAAAGAAGGGCACAAAUCUGAGGAAUCAAGUAGAAGAUAUAGUAUGGAGCAAGAGAUGGUGAUGUCAGCGAGGUAUCCUAGAUAACAUAGCUCUGUGUUGUGUUCAUUAGCACAAGGGAUAAGUUAACUUCUCCUUACUAGUAUUUUUUAUGCAUGAUGAUUCAACUGUAUCUCUCUACCGCGUUACCUUUGUUUUGUUCACAUGAUUAUGAUGUA